GGGCGGGGGCUCCGUCUCCGGCCUCCGCCUCCCGCGGCGUCCACACUCGCGGCGGCCGGGCUGGACCUCGCUGGCCCGCGGCGCCAUGAGCCGCAGUCUGGACGCCGCGCGGAGCUUCCUGGAGCGGCUGGAGGCGCGGGGCGGCCGGGAGGGGGCCGUCCUCGCCGGCGAGUUCAGCGACAUCCAGGCCCGCUCGGCCGCCUGGAAGGCUGAUGGCAUGUGCUCCACCAAGGCGGGCAGUCGGCCAGAGAACAUGAGGAAGAACCGCUACAAAGACGUGCUGCCAUAUGAUCAGACGCGAGUAAUCCUCUCCCUGCUCCAGGAAGAGGGACAAAGCGACUACAUUAAUGGCAACUUCAUCCGGGGCGUGGAUGGAAGCCUGGCCUACAUUGCCACUCAAGGACCCUUGCCUCACACCCUGCUAGACUUCUGGAGACUGGUCUGGGAGUUUGGGGUCAAGGUGAUCCUGAUGGCCUGCCGGGAGAUAGAGAACGGGCGGAAAAGGUGUGAGCGGUACUGGGCCCAGGAGCAGGAGCCGCUGCAGACUGGGCUUUUCUGCAUCACUCUGAUAAAGGAGAAGUGGCUGAAUGAGGACAUCAUGCUGAGGACCCUCAAGGUCACAUUCCAGAAGGAGUCCCGUUCUGUGUCCCAGCUACAGUAUAUGUCCUGGCCAGACCGUGGGGUCCCCAGCAGUCCUGACCACAUGCUUGCCAUGGUGGAGGAAGCCCGUCGCCUCCAGGGAUCUGGCCCUGAACCCCUCUGUGUCCACUGCAGUGCGGGCUGUGGGCGAACAGGUGUCCUGUGCACCGUGGAUUAUGUGAGGCAGCUGCUCCUGACCCAGAUGAUCCCACCUGACUUCAGCCUCUUUGAUGUGGUCCUUGAGAUGAGGAAGCAGCGGCCUGCGGCCGUGCAGACAGAGGAGCAAUACAGGUUCCUGUACCACACGGUGGCCCAGAUGUUCUGCUCCACGCUCCAGAAUGCCAGCCCCCACUACCAGAACAUCAAAGAGAAUUGUGCCCCACUCUACGACGAUGCCCUCUUCCUCCGGACUCCCCGGGCACUUCUCGCCAUACCCCGCCCACCAGGAGGCGUCCUCAGGAGCAUCUCGGUGCCCGGGUCCCGGGGCCACGCCAUGGCUGACACCUACGCGGUGGUGCAGAAGCGCGGGGCUCCAGCGGGCGCCGGGCCGGGACCGGAGACCGGGACGGGGGCGCGCAGCGCGGAGGAGGUGCCGCUCUACAGCCAGGUGACGCCGCGCGCCCAGCGGCCCGGGGCGCACGCGGAAGACGUGCGGGGCACGGUGCCUGGCCGCGUUCCUGCUGACCCAAGUCCUGCCGCAUCUGGCGCCUACGAGGACGUGCCGGGUGGAGCUCAGACCGGUGGGCUAGGUUUCAACCUGCGCAUUGGGAGGCCGAAGGGGCCCCGGGACCCCCCUGCUGAGUGGACCCGGGUGUGAGUCUGCGCCAGCUCCUGCCUGUUGCCUCGUGUGAGCUCGGACUGCUGUGUGCAGAAUGGAAACAGUGCGCCUGAAUCAAAAUAAAUGUUUCUCAGGGUGGGAAAUGCGGGGGCUUUGCCCGUGACUGUAGAAUUCAAAGCUUGAGGCUGGAGGAGGUAGGUUUGGUAUAAUGGCUGGUGAGGCUGCACGGAGCAGAUUCAAGAAAGAAGAUCGGGAAGGGGCAUGGCCCCCGAGUUAUGAAGGGAAGAAUGGACAGAUGAGCUUCCAGAGACUUCUCACCACAUAACACACUAGUCCAUCCUCAGCACCUGAGCCUGCCUCACUUGAACACUCAGGGGACCACACAGAGAAAUGGAUGGACCCCUCGCCAUCCAGGCAGACCGAUAAAAAGACUUCCAGAUAGGCAGACAGACGGGUGGACCACCAACCUGGACAGACAGCCACACCUUCAGAGAUACAGUCCACAGGUGGACAAAGGGACCCCCAGCCAGAGAGACCACCAAACAGAGCCCCCAAAAGACAGACACCUCUGCCAGCUGGACAGCCGGGUGGACCCCUAAGUUAGACAGAUGUAAACAGAUCUCCAGCUGAACAGAUACACAGACUUCUCAGACCCUACCCCUAUCCCCCAGGUGGGCUGGCUGGCUGAAAAGACCUUCUGGCCAGACAGACUCCUAACCAACCAGAUGGACUGCCAGACAGACAGACAUCAGCCACAUGGAAUCCUGACAUCCCAGCCAGCCAGCCAGACUCUCAUCUUGAUGGGUAAACCCCAGUUGGUUGGUCAGACGUGAUCCUCCAGAUUGACAGAGAAGUCCCCCAAAUGAGUACAUAUCUCCAGCUAUUCAGACAGAUGGACCCCCAGCAAAUCAGGCCCUAUCUAGACCCCAGCCAAACAGACCCCCCAACCAAACUGACCCCUUGCUGUUCACAUAGCCUCCCGAGUAGCUGGGACUACAGGUCUAAUUUUUUUUUUAUUUUUUAGAGAUGAGUUUGCCAUGUUGCCCAGGUUAGUCUCGAACUCCUGAGCUAAAGCAAUCCUCCUGCCUUAGCCUCCCAAAGUGCUGAGAUUAUAGGUGUGAGCCACCAGGCUCAGCCCUCUAAGAUUUGAAACACUUUAAAUGGCCCUAGCAGGUUUUAUCCUGCUAGGAUAAAACAUUAAGCAGCUGUUAAAAAAAAUAAAAAAUAAAAAAUAAAAGAAACCGCCUCCUGUGCACUGGUGUGGACAAAUCUCCAAGUCACUGCAAAAUGGAAGAAUACAAGAUGCUUUCUCCUGGAACCUCAAGGGUCCCGCCCCUCUCACCUUCAGGUCUCUGGACCUCUGACUGACACUGUGCCUGCCCAGGUCCCUGUCUGUACCGCCACAGUGCCCUGGGUCCCAUGUCCACCUCUGUCCUGCCCUUCUCUGGGUGAGGGCUGGCCUUCCCCUGCCUCUGCCUGGCUGCAUCCUUGGUCGAUCUCAAGUGCCUUGGCAUGAACUCCACUCUCCUGCAGCCUUUAAUCAGGGUAUGAUGGGGGAUGUGUUCAUACCCCCCCACCCCACCCCUUGGCCGGGUGAUGCUGAGAUGUGGAUUUUUAACAGUUCCCAGACUUUUCCAGGAGGCUUGGGUUGGGUGGCCACAGUGGGAGCUGGUGUGAUAUACCUUCGCUGGCCGCCUUUCCUUCCUGUUCUCUGUGCCCCUACUUCCCACUCUAGAACUGCCCUGUUUCUCUGUUUUCAUGAAAGAGCUGGCCCUGUGCUGCUUCCCACUCUCCCAAUGCCCCUGCCUCUCCUGUGAGCCUGCUGCUGGUGAGGUUGGUGCUGACCUCUGUGUUGCUGGAUAAUGAGUCAUUUAUCUCUGGAGGAGAGGAAAGGCAGGUCCUCCACAGCCCUGAUAAAAUCUCCAAGUCUUACAGUUUCAGGUCCUUCUCCUGGGAUGCAAUCCUACUGCCUGCCCAGGUGGCACGGUCCACAUCCCCUCUUCUUGGGAAUAGGGGCAUGGGAAAGUGACAGAAGAUACUGUUCUGGCUGCUGUGUUCACUGUGAGUAAUAAAUUGUCCAUUUCCCCGA